GAUGACGUCGACCGAGGAUCACACUGGUGUCAGGCAACCCAAGAUUAAUCAGCCAUUGUUUAUGUCAGCUUUCUGCUGCUCCUCCACAGACCACAAAUGCUCCUAUCGCUCCACCCAAUUAUGGCUUUCGGCUCCACACUGGCUGAUGCACAUGAUCUGGCCUAGAUUUGGCUGACACGGACGAAAGGCCAUCCGUCAGCCAUAUCAUCAGGGCGAGUUCCGACCAUGGCUGCAGUACCCCAGAUCUGUCUACCAUCUGCAAUCACGGCCAGUGAACCACUUCUGGGCCAUGACCGAACAAAUAGCUACCAGAAUUGAAGAAAUCAACCACGCUCCUCGAAAGCCAUACGUCCGAGUAAUCACGGACAAGAGGCGUGAGCAGAACAGAAGAGCCCAGAAAGCAUACCGCGAGCGUCUAAGGCAAAAACUCGAGGAUCUCGAGGAGCAUGCUGCGGCUACUGUCAUCACCCCAACCAACUCAAACCGAAAGGACUCCUCGGAUCUCACUGGGAGUGGCAGCGACCGAGAUGCAGAAGACGUAGUACAGAAUGCUGUGCCUUCUUCAACCGGGACCGAGUUCGUUCCGCAUAUCAAUCUUGCCGACGCAUUCGUCGCGGCAGGCGAUCUGCCCUUUUCUGGAGAUGCGCUUCCAGGUCUACAGUUCCAACUCGGUGGACCGCAUACAAGUACGCGUAUCUUGACGCCGGAAUCUGAUUACGACGCCCAACAGGACCUCGUCCAAUAUGACUUCGAGGACAUGCCCCUCGCGCACAUCUGGGCGAUGCCUCCGCGGCCGCCGACCCAGAAAGAUCGCCAAUACCAAAGACUAAGCGCGUUGAUGGCGCUGACUCCCUCACCGUCGAACAGCAGUCGCAGCCGGUACACCUCCGCCUCGCCGGCGGAGCAAGAGACAUUCCCAGAUCCCUACGCCAACCACAUGCGUUUGGUGGGGGAAGUCAACAUCGAAGCAUCCCUCGCCGUUGCUUUAGGGGUGGGUAUAUCCCGCGCCCAAUACAUCAACGACCACCCCUCCCAUUUUCCGGGCUGUUACGUCCUCCUCGACAACCCUCACGACAAAACCGUGUCGCGACCCGUGAGUUACAAUAUCGCGGGCUUGUGUAUUAGUGUGACAGUGGAGACGGCGGCGCAUAUGGAUCGGAUUGCGCCCGCCUUGAGGCCAACGCCAAGUCAACUUACGAGUCCGCACCCAUCGUACCUGGAUUGCAUUGUCUUUCCGUUCUUUCGGGAUAAAGCGGUCAAGGCGAGUGUUGAGGGGAUAUUGGAUCAUGGGGAAUUCUUCAUGGAUAUCAUGAAUGGGGGCAUGGUGUGCUGGGGGGGACGGUCCGGAGGGAGUGCGCUUUCGAGGAUGGCUAGGGAAGGGGAUGGGAAAAGGGGGUUGAGGGAUAGUGUGGCUUGGGAUCCGAGGAGUUGGGAGGCCAAGAGGUGGUUUUUGGAUAAGUGGUUGUGGUUGGUGGGGACGGAGGAGGAGGAAGAUGCUAGAGGGGAUGUCUUUGGUGUUUGGAGGGGGAGUCGGUGGUGGUGGAGGAUGAGGGGGGAGGAAGACGAUGAAAGUGAGGAUGGGGAGAGAGUUGUUGAGGUCGAUGGUAUUUAAGCUGCGAAUGACACAUUAUGAUACCCACGCGAAGUGUGAUGGUCUUUGAACUGGGGUGUUCACAUGGGGCGUUUGGGAUACCACGAAACUAUCGCCUUUUUGGACUUGACUGACAGGCAGUGGCUGGUCUUCUUUUGAGCCCGUCACUUCCAAGCACUCCUCUCGUCCUCGCUUGAGCGUCUAAUGGACAACCACUUCUCCAACAACAAACCAUACACUUCACUGCGCGUGGGAAAA